GUCGAGGGAGCCCGCCUCCCUCUCCCUACUAACUAUGCCGCUCCGACCUCCGACCUCACCUCGAAUCUCCUGUCUAACUCUUUCCCGCCCCAUCCGCCCCUCGAGCUUGACCUCUUCCGCCCUCCAGCCUCUGGGCAAGGGAGCCCUCAAAGCACUCCCAGAUCUUGCCAGGCCAGGCGAGACUCUGGGCCUGUGUUCCUGCCCUCCGGUCUUGGCCUCCAGAACGUGUGCACCAAUCUGGGGGCGCAGCCUGAUGCUGGUGUACGAGCUGCGUUCUCGUCAUCAGCCGCCCUCGAAGAAGAACAGCACAAUUGCAUAAGCAUGAUUUUUCUGAGGUGCGCGGAUGGCAGAUGUCUUGGGUCGGCGCCGCCUUUGGGGCGCGCGUCCAAGAAAUCCGCGCGGACCUAGGAUAUUUUGUGUUCAUGGUGCCUCUCUUCCUCCGUCAACCUUCCCAGCCGUCCGCGGACGCACCCCGCAGGAUCGGGGCGGCAAUGGCUGCUGCUGUGGGUUUCCCUCCGUUCUGAACGGCACGGCGGUUCUCCACCCUGUCCCCGACAACGCUCGGUCUGCGGCGCACGCUUGUGCGCGCCUGCAUCUCGAGCACGUUUGCGUCCCUAGCACGUUGGAAUUCGAGUGGCAGGGCGGGUGCGGGCCGCCCCUGUAUUGGAGCUACGGCGGGAGGCCACGCUGCCCCGUGACCCCCGUGCUGCUGCUGCCUCUUCUCCUCUUGUCGCUGUUGCUGAUGGAAGGAUUCGCCAGUUUCCGAAGAAGGAGCCACGCCAUAAACAUGAGCUGUUGGCGCUCCGCGCGGAUUUCUUGGAUCCGUGCUGGGGCCCCCCAACGGCGCCUCUGGCGCGGCCCCUAGCGCGCGCCGGUGCGCCAGGGAAGGUGGUCCAGCGCAGAUGUCCGCGCGGGCGUCGCGGUCCCCAGCGCGGGGGCGGCCUCGAUCCUAGCAGAUAGGUAGUGUGUUUCGCAACUCAACACCUCGCUGCGUGCCGGGUGCGCGGCGGCGGAAUGCCCAACGGCCGCGCAUUGCUUGGACUGUCGCUUUCCCGACUAACCAACCGAAUAUGCCCAGAGUGGUAUCAAUAGGAUGUGCGCCCGUUUCACCAGAGAAUUGUUUCAAAUGUGGUCUUGUCUCAGAUGCAUGCAGCUUCGCGCGUGCUGCAUCCUGCUUUCGUACAGGGCGCCGCGUGUUUCCUGCUGCUGUCCUUCUCUUCUCUUUAGGUCUGCCUUGAAUAUAGCUAUGAAUCGCCGCCGCAGCCAUCUGAGCGACAUAGACAAUUCAGGCCCUUCGCGCGGACAUUGGCACAAAGGCUUCCUGUUCCUGUAUGUUGGCGCCACUGUCUCCACACGGUGUGCCACGUGGGCGUCUUGCGGUACGCGGCCGCGGAAGGUUGCCGUACCCCCCCCCUUUGCGUGGGAGGCCUUGGUUCGGCGGCGUGUCGAUGGGGACGGUGAGAGCAGGCGUCGGCCUUCUCAGAAGGCGGCGGGGCUUCUCGGAAGGCCCCCUGUGGCUCCCGAGAAGGCGGAGAAGGCCUCUCCGAGGGCUUCCUGACCCCCCGCGAGCGGGCCCGCCUCUGCUGCCUUCCCUCCCAGGCGCGCCGCCGGCCUGUCUCUGUCGCUCUCGUUGUGGGCCUCUGGGCCUGGGCUCUCCCGCCUCGGACCGCCUGCUCUUAGGAUCGCGCCCGGGUCCGGCGAAGCCCUCUGCCGCGUGGACGACUGCGGGCCCGCUCGGCCCGUCGAGGCCAGGGCAUCCAUCCGCUCGGCUCCUCUGCGCCAGGCGGAGGCCAAGGGGUUGACACC